UGUCGUCGACAAGAACAGACCCGAUAACAGAAAACCCUCUUGCAUUUCACGCCUCGCCAACCAAGGCCCGCGGUCGGCAUCGUGUCGUGUCCGCCUGCGCCCGACGUCCGGUCCGAAUCGCAGACACAACACCCAACCGGGCGUGCUCGCCGGCCGGCCACCCCAAUCCCACCCGACCGGAGCCGCCACCCAGCCAAAUCCGCCGUCGCUCGCCUGCCUAGUUCCGACACCAGCUCUGGUGAGCACCUACCACCGCGCCAUUCUUCCCGAUCCCUCCCGCCCGCGCGGCAUUUGCCAUUUGGCGCUCCGGGACGUGGAGCGCCCCGCCCCGGCCCCCAGCGCGCGAUGCCGGCGGCCUCCUCCUUGUUCUCGUUGUAGGAGGAGGGGAUCUCUCUAUCUCUGUCUCCAAGCCCGAGGAGGAGCAUGGCCGAGGCGGGCGCGGACGCCGCCCUGGCUGCCGCCGCGCCCGCGGAGGUCGUGUCCCCGCGAUCCACCUACUUCCGGCAGCGGAGCAUGCACGCCCCGGAUCUGGACCGCAAGGCCUUCGACGUGGAGAACCCGCCGGCGCCCUCCGCCGUCUGCGUAGGCGGCCUCCGCCCCAGCGAGUCCGUCGCCAAGCUCGAGUCGCUGGAGCGGGCGGAGCGCGCCGCGCUGGCGCCGGCGGUAGUGCUCAAGACGGGCUUCUACAUCCUCGUCUGGUACACCUUCAGCACCUGCCUCACCCUAUACAAUAAGACGCUGCUGGGGGACAAGCUCGGCAAAUUCCCGGCGCCGCUGCUGAUGAACACUGUGCACUUCGCGCUGCAGGCCGCGCUCUCCAAGAUCAUCCUGCUCUUCCAGGCCAAGGGGAUCGACGCUGCGGUCGACAUGAGCUGGAAGGAUUACUUCGUGAGAGUCGUCCCAACUGCUCUGGGAACCGCCUUAGACAUAAACCUGAGCAACGCUUCUCUGGUGUUCAUCACGGUCACAUUCGCUACCAUGUGUAAAUCAGCCUCGCCGAUAUUUCUUUUGCUAUUCGCCUUUGCAUUUAGGUUGGAGAGCCCCAGCAUCAAGCUUCUAGGAAUCAUAGUUGUCAUUUCUAUUGGUGUUCUGUUGACAGUUGCCAGGGAGACCGACUUCGACUUCUGGGGCUUCAUUUUUGUGACACUUGCUGCAGUUAUGUCAGGAUUCCGCUGGUCCAUGACUCAGAUUCUGUUGCAAAAAGAUAGCUACGGCUUAAAAGAUCCCAUUACCCUGAUGAGUCAUGUUACCCCAGUGAUGGCCAUAGCCACCAUGGUACUAUCUCUCCUGUUGGAUCCUUGGAGUGAUUUUCGGAAGAAUACAUAUUUUGAUAACCCGUGGCACGUCAUGCGCAGUAUCUUACUUAUGCUAAUCGGAGGAAGCCUGGCCUUUUUCAUGGUGUUGACGGAGUAUAUACUUGUUUCAGCAACAAGUGCCAUAACCGUGACAAUAGCUGGGGUAGUAAAAGAAUCUGUAACAAUCUUGGUUGCAGUAUUUUAUUUCCAUGAUGAAUUUACUUGGUUGAAAGGGGUUGGUCUUAUCACUAUUAUGAUUGGUGUUAGCUUAUUCAAUUGGUACAAAUAUGACAAAUUCAAAAGGGGUCAGAUAAAUGAGGAUGGAGUCACUUCACCUUCAUUUAGUGGAGAUGCCAAAUACAUCAUUCUAGAUGACUCGGAAUAUCAUGAUGAGUUUCUGGAUGAAGAUACAUAAUUUUCGAAUGUGGUAACAUUUUAACUGCCACUUGGAUUGUCAAAUGUUGAUACCUUUAGUCCAUUCAUGGCUGCCUAUUGAAAUAAGUUCUAAUGGAGGUUUUCCACUAAGACAUACGGACAAACACGCAAGCAAUCAGCAUGAGCUUAAUCCAUAUCAAAUCCAGGAUGGAUGCUCAAGAAUAGCCACUCAAAUUACAGCAUCAUACCAUGACCUUACUUCAUCUGGAAAUUUUGGGAGGACUGGCUGCUGGUACAAAUCAGCCUGCUUGUUCAUGAUGGAAGUUACUGAGAACUGACAUAUGUUUGCGUGCUUUUUUCCACUUUGUGUGAGCGCAUCAUGCACAUAUUCAUUACUGAACCUCCACAAUUUUGAUGCCUAGGUAUAUUCAUCCUCUAUGUAGAUUGGGUUGUAAGUCUGACCACACAUACCACACGUGUUGUUCCCUUGAAAGUUAGGGACAGCCUCUGAUUACUUGUAACCUCAGUGAAAAGGAUUGUUAUUCUCUACUGUAUCUUGUACCAUUGUUGAAGGCAAAAAAGACGUUUUGGCA